AUGGUGAGCGGGAGCAGCGACUGCACGGUGCGCGUCUGGGAACUGGUAUCUGCUCCUUCCCCUGAAGACACCGGUGAUGGGGGUGCGGCACAUGUCAUACGUGCUGAGGUGAAGCAGGUGUUAGAGGACCACUCGGCGGGCGUGCUGGACUUGCGGAUGAACGAGCGUUGGAUUGUGAGCUGCUCGAAGGAUACCCUAAUUCACGUGUAUUCACGGGAUACACUCGAGCUCGUUCACGUCCUACGAGGACAUGAAGGUCCAGUUAACGCUAUUGCCGGGUUGGAUAGUGAGGUCGACUCCUCAGGACGCCUCGUAUCGCACGUAGUGAGCGCCAGUGGUGAUGGAAAGAUGAUUCUAUGGGAUGUCGAGAGUGGAGAGCGUAUCCGUGUGUUCGAAGGCCACGAUCGUGGGCUCGCGUGCAUUGAAUUUAAGAAUGACCUUAUCCUGAGUGGCUCGAACGACUGCACGAUCAAACUUUGGCGUGCCUCGACAGGGGAGUGCCUGCACACUUUUGCAGGUCAUACAAUGCUCGUCCGCGCUCUUUGCUUCGACCCACACACUGGUUACAUCGUCAGCGCAAGCUACGACCGCACCGUGCGUGUCUGGGAAUGGCGAGAGGGCGAGAACGCGUAUGCACGGGAGCGUGGCUGGCCAACGGGAGAUGGGGAAAGCCGAACAAGCACGAGCUCGGCGACGUCAACUCGCACCACCGCCUCCCGGCGGAGCAAGACCCAAGGUGCGGGGCGACUCAUUCGCGAGUUCAGGAACCUCCACGCAAGCCAUAUCUUUGACGUGAAGUUUGACGUUGGGAAGAUCGUGAGGUAA